AUGCACUUUGUGGUCAACAAGGUCAACUAUAAUCCCGAAUCAUAUGUGGUCGGAGGUAUAAACGCAGAGCCGCAAGAGUUUCCGUGGCAGGUAUCUCUUGAAUACAACAGUCCUGAUGUCAGUUGGUAUCACACUUGUGGCGCUUCUGUUAUAAGCGAUGAGUGGGUACUGACGGCCGCCCAUUGUGUGGACAGGAGUUUAGACGGAGCUAUGUAUAGGUGUGUCGUCGGAGAGCACGACAGGAGCAAAGUUGAGGGCAAAGAAGCCAUCAUUAAUGUCGUCCGGGUCAUACAACACCCGCAAUGGGACACAAAUAAGAUUGUGAACGAUGUGGCGCUUCUCAAACUCUCGCGACCCAUCAAUUUCAGCGGCAAUGAGAGUCACGUCCGACCCGUCUGUUUGCCCGAUAAACAAGGCGUCGACGAUAUCGUCGGCACCAAAUGCUGGGCCACCGGUUGGGGUCACACCAAAUGGCGU